AUGGAUCGCUAUCAAGCGACAGGCAAGAUCAGGAAGAGAAAGGCCGAGACGCAGGACAACGAGCGCCUCUCCAAGCGGCUCAGCUUGCUGAAUUUGGAGCGCAAUGGCGAGAAACUCUACGUCCCAGUCGAGCAACCGUCGGCCAGCACGCUCUCGCCUUUCAAAUCAUCACCUCUACUGGCAGCUGUGCAAACCGGCGAUGACGACACCAUGCACCUAGACGACACCAAGCACAAAGUCUACAUCUACGACCUCGACGCCGAGCUCGCAGACGGCAGUGGCAGCGAGUCCGACGAUGGCAAGCUGGUCUUCCUGCCCGACAUCCAGCAACACCUCCGCGAGACGCGGAUCCCGCCCAUGGUGUUUGCGAACAGCGAGGGCGAGCUGGCCGGCGCGAAUAGUCAGCUGGUGCUGUACAACGUCCCGAGCUCGCUGAGCGUGCCGGCCGAGAAGGACAGUGUGCGGAAGGCUGUCAUUGAGUCGCGGGCGAGAGCUCGCGCGGCGUUGCAGGCGCAGAAGGCGGGAGGAGAAUAUGAUGGUGAUGCGCAAGAGAAUGCUUCGAAGGCCUGCGAGGCCCGGGAUUGGUACCCGAGUAUGGCAGGGAGCGGGAACCCGCCCAGCUCUAUCCCUGGCGUACCGCAACUAGGAGAGGAAACCAUGGAGGAUAUACCCGCAAUGCCAACGGAUAUGGCCCAGGAAGCUAUGUACAACGACCCGGAUGCCAUGGACCUGGGCUGA